GUGUGCUUGAAUUUGCGGUUAUGGCCGCACAAGAUGACUAUCCAUUGGUCGAGAAUCUCAUCGACUGGGUCGACUCGGUCGACUCUGAUCCAACAUACAAAGAAUCCAUUUUGAGGAGUGCCCUCUACGACGCUGCCCGAAGAGGAAGCAUAAAGAUGGUAAAGGCACUAGUAAACAAAGCUGGUUCCGAAUAUAAUAUUUUACCCAAUGCCCUGUCGUAUGCCAUUUCAAAUGCUCCUAUGCAAAAGGAGGUCAUCUGGCACCUCGCCAGAAAAACGACAUCCGCCCCAGAUUUUAACACCAUGAGCUACCUUAUUCUAGCCGGUCAUUUGGACAUAGGCUUGUUUUUAGCUCGCAAAUACCCUGAAGAAGUGACAUCCAAAGAUAACAUAAACCGUAGCUUGUUGGGAGACUUGGCGAAGAUGAAGUCUUACUUCCGUAGUGGAGAUAGACUCAAUUUUUGGGAAAAAUGUAUUUACCAAUGUAUCCCUCUAUGUCUGGUCGAUACAUCAUUUGACAACCCCGAAGAUACAAAGAUGGCUCGAGCAUAUAAGUGGUUCAAGACAUCACUCUGGAAUCAUGCCACUAAACCAGUACCUUUCAUCAAAAGGAUUGGAGAAUCAAAGUUGAGACACAAAUGCUCACUAGAGUUUGCAGAAGAACUUGUUCUGAAGAAUCAAAAUAUGAAACCCAAGGAAAUAGUCAAGUUUUUAUUGACUUCAAAAAUUAUCCUUGACUCUGCAUCUCAUGGAACCCAUGAAAUUGUCAAAUUAUGUCUUGACAAUUAUCCAGAGUUAAUGUGGGACAACGAUUUCCCAAAAGAAUUGAUGAGAGAAGUUGUGAAGGGACGACAAGUUGAGUUAUUUAGACUAGUGAACGCAUACAACAUAAUUCCAAAACUGAGUGAUGACAUUUUUACGAACCGCGAACUGAUGGAGGCAGUAGUAGAAUGGUCACCAAGAUGUGUAUCAGCAGAUGUUCCUGGAGCAGCUUUUCUUUUGCAGAAGGAACUUCAGUGGUUCAAGGCACUGGAAGAUAGGAGUCAUCCUUCCUUUAAAACUCUGAAAUUUAAGGUACUGGAAGAUAGGGAUCCUUCUUUUAGAAGUCUGAAAUUGGAAGAAACGAAAGAAAGGGAAGGGAAAACAUACUGGGAAAUUUUUGUAGAGCAGCGUCAAGAUUUGCUUAAAGAGGCAGGAGAGUGGAUGAAGAAUACAUCAUCAUCUUGUAGCCUCAUUGCAACUCUCAUUAUUACAGUAACAAUCACUGCACUUCUUACAGUUCCUGGGGGCUACAACAACAGUACGGGGAUCCCAAUUUUUCUAAAGAAGGACUCAUUCAUGAUAUUCGCAUUGGCAGACACUCUCGCUCUCUUCUCCUCUGUUACAGCCACUCUGAUGUUCUUGGCCAUUGUUACUCCAUGCUACACAUUCGAAGAUAUUCUCCACUCGCUUCCAAGAAAGAUGAUAAUGGGCAUCUUUUCUCUCUUCCUCUCUUUGGCCUUUACGUUGGUGGCGUUCAGCUCUGCUCUUACGAUCAUCCUCAGCGAAAGAUUUAAAUGGAUUUACAUGCCAAUGACCUCGCUGGCUGCCAUCCCUAUUUGUUUUUUCUUAUACAUACAGUCUCCCUUGUACUUAAAAAUGGUCAAAUCCAUCUAUUGGCCUCGCCUCUACCAUACACUGAUGCCUAGGAAGAAAAGAGGGUGCGGCUUCUUCAAUUUCAGUCCAAAAUUCUUUCGGACCAAAGCGUCAUGAGGAUUAUACA